AAACUAGCCACCAGGAUGACCCACUCUGGCUAGUAUCCUCACAUACAGAUGAGGAAGGACACCACUUCGACUGGGAUAACACAUCCAUCCUCGGACAAGCCAAACGGAGACAAGCAAGAGAAUUCUUAGAAACAUGGCAUUCCAACCGGAACUCUAUCAACAAAAUCAUUGACUUGGAUCCCAUUUACCAUCCGCUGAGAAAAAGAACAGGAAAUGACAUCACCAAUCCAAAGAAACCCAAACACAGAAAGCAGGAAUCAUCCUUAGUGCUUUGUCUGGAGGCUCACUGAAGAUGUUACCUAGUAUCGUGACGAAACGUCUGAAAAUGACCCUUCCAGCUCAGCGAGCAAACCUACAUCUUGAACCUCAUAUUAACAUAAGGAGAGGAUUGGUUAGCUCAUAGGCAGCAGAGAGUAGGAAUAAAUGAGUCUUUUUCAGGUUACUGACUGAGAAGGUGAUUACCACGGCCCAGGGAUGCAGAGCAUUAAAUGUGUGGUGGUGGGAGAUGGUGCAGUUGGGAAGACCUGCCUCCUGAUCUGUUACACCACCAACGCCUUCCCCAAGGAAUACAUCCCAACCGUCUUCGAUAACUACAGCGCACAGAUCACCGUGGACAAUCGGACAGUAAGCCUGAACCUGUGGGACACUGCGGGUCAGGAGGAGUAUGACAGACUGAGGACAUUAUCCUAUCCCCAGACUGACGUCUUCAUCAUCUGCUUCUCCAUAGCCAGCCCCCCAUCAUAUGAGAAUGUGCGCCACAAGUGGCACCCUGAGGUGACCCACCACUGCCCGGAUGUGCCAAUGCUUCUGGUGGGCACCAAGAAGGACUUGAGGAAUGACCCUGAGACCAUCAAGAAACUGAAGGAGCAGAGCCUGAGCCCCAUCUCCCAUCACCAAGGCAACGGGCUGGCCAAGCAGAUCCAGGCCGUCAAAUACAUGGAGUGCUCCGCCCUCAACCAGGAAGGCAUUAAAGAAGUCUUCGCCGAGGCUGUGAGAGCUGUCAUUAACCCAGCUCCGGUGAAAAGCAAGCGAUCCUGUCAGCUCUUGUGAAGAAGGCUCCCUCUCCCCCUCCCCAUUCCCCCUCCCACCUUCACUCCCCUUUCCCACUCCCCUCCCUCUCCCUUUACCAUUUCCCCACUCUCCCCACUCCCCCUUCCCCACUCCCUCCCUUCCUUUCCCCCUUACCCACUCUCCCACCCUCUCUCCCCCCCCCCCCCACUUCCCCCUCCCCCAGCCUGUCAUUCCCUCCACCUCCCCAAACCCCCCCAACCCCUGCCGAUGGUAGCCACAGUCAGGACAUUGUAAUCUCUGGGUAACGGCCCUGGAAAUCCCACUGACCGUGGGAAGAGCUCAACUCUGUCCAACGUUCAGAAGGAGAGUGACCAAGGGCAGAGAUCUACAAUAGGUCUGUUCCCAAUAUUCAGGGCACAACCUCUUUGCUUCCAAAACCACCCCCACCCCCCCCUCACCAAGACCCUGGUAGACACUGUCUCCCAAGAAAAGUUAUUUCUUGUGCAUUUGGGGAUGAAUCUGGGAGUGUGUGGGAAGGGGAUGACUUCCUAAGCCAGAUAGCUGGUGUGAUUGCUAUCCGAGAGCCCCCAUCCCUCCCUCUGUCCAGAGUGAUCCUAGGUUAGGGGUCAGGUUCUCCCAGUGUUUGGUUCAUCCUUGGGCCCCCCCCCCCCCCCCCCUUCACAGGAGCUCCCCUGCACAUUGUCAUUAUUCCUGCUCCUGGAAUGAGCUGCUCACCAGAGACGGCCCCCAUCUCCCAGGGGGGUCACCCUGGAUUGCCCACAUCUCCCAGGGGAUUACGAGGAACACCCUCAGGCACAGCCUCAGCCUAUCCGCACCUUCCUGUACCUCGGCUUCCCAUUGGUCGAGAGUUUCCGGGUGAGGUAGUCCUGGCUGCAGGGUGAAGGGAGGGAGAUCACAGGGGAAUCCAGUGGCUUCCCUCUCCUCCCCUUUUAACACAACUGCACUGGCCCUCCUGAGCCUAGAUUGGUUGAGAAUUUUGGUAGGUUGCAUCAGGAUGUUUCAUUCCCAAUCCAGAAUCAAUCUCAAACAAGAGACUGUGUGAGGUCUUUCCAAAUUCAUUGCUUUCAGUUAUAGAGUCAUAGAGCAAUAUAGCAUGGUCCAUGGUGCCCACUUGGCUCAUUUCCAACUGCCCAACUGGGUCCAUAUCCCUCUAACCCCUUCCCAUCCAUGUCCCUAUCCAAAUGACUCUUAAAUGUUGUUGUUGUAGUACCAGCCUCAACCACGUUCCAUACACACACCACUCUCUGUGUGAAGAGUUAUCCCUCAGGUCCUUCUUAAAUCGUUCCCCCUCUCACCUUAAGCCUGUGCGUUCUAGUUUUCAAUUCCCCAUCCUUGGGAAAAAGAUUCUCUGCAUUAAUCCUAUCCAAGCCCUCAUGAUUUUAUACGCCUCAGUGAGGUCAUCCCUCGGCCUCUGACAUUCCAAGGAAUAAAGUCCGAUACGUUCAGUGGCUUUGUUUUGUCCCUGGAGGGCGGGGUGGGCUAGGGGAUUGUGCUGGGGCAGAAUGGCCUUGCCUGUGGGUGGAGAGGGUUGAUGGGCAAGCAGCUGCCUCGUGUCCCCUCUGUGAAAUCCCAGCAGGAUCCCACUGGACCUUCAGGCAUUUGUCAGUGGCUCAAACCAUCUGGACCUUGAGUUGCCGUUUGCCGGGGAUUGAAGGUGGGUAUGGGGGGGGGGGGGAGUUGUCUGAAUGGGAUGGGGGCCAGCCUAGCUCAAAGAGGAGGGAAAAUGGGAGUUGAUGUGUAAAACCUAUACUACCUAUUGGCGGUCGGGAUUCUGAGUCAGUACCACUCAGGCCCCCACACAGUGGGUGGGGAUGUGAGUGUGAGGAGACCCCCUGGGGAGGGUGUGUGUUGGGAAUGGGCUCUGUCCUCUGACCAGAAUGAUCCUGAUGGUGAGACACACUGUGCUGGUUACUGAAGGGGAACCAGCUCCUAAUCCCCCUCUUCCUGCCAUAAACUGUUCAAAACCACUUUCACUCCCACCGGUCUGGGUUUAAUAGCCCCCGUCCCCUCUUGCACCCCCUAAAAUCCACUCUCUUCCCCCCCCGCCCACAAUGAUGAACGGAAAGGGAUGAACUCGGUUGCACGGUCUGGUUAAUGGGGGUGAAGAUGGCCCAGGAGCUGUCCCACAGUGAGCUCCCUCUCCAACAGACAUUAUACCGACUCCUUCCGAAUGCUGAGACUCCCUCGGGAUCUGCUGGAUCUCCACAUUCUGGCAUUUCCUCUCUUUCCGAUUUCCCUUUCCAUCCAGGAGAUUCCACAUUCCUCUUCACCUCCCCCUCAGCCCUUUCCCUACACCCCUCCCCAUUCAAAACCAUACCUGGAUGGAAAGUAGGGUGGGGGGGGCGGUGCUUGGUGUCUUUCUUUAAAAAAAAGCAAUCUCUUGUUUCUUUUGACUGUUUGUUUGUUUAUUUUGGUUUGUAAAGAUGUUCAUGUAAUUAGCGCUUGAUGUGAAGGCAUGGAGUUGGCUACGGGGGGGGGUGGAGUUUGAGACUGUGGCCUUUGUGAUUGGGAAGGAGGGGGACAAUGGGGAUCUAGCCAAUGGCAGGAGGAUGGAGAGCGGGUGGUUAGAUGUCCAUGUGAUAACCAUCAACCACCGUCUCCCCCUGCGGAACGUCAAACCAGAGCUGAGCGCAACUGGGAGGUGCCAUAGUUCCCCAAUCCUGAGACCCCCCCACCGCGACCCACCAUGCUGCUGAGCAAGUUCAUUAAUUCUAACAGAUACCUCUCAGGUGACUUAGGCCGAAAUCACAGUCCCGCAACCAAACUCCAGCAAGCCCCUGAAAUCCAAUCCACCUCGCUCCAGCUACACCCCACCCCGACUCGCUCCAGUCACCCGUGUCUCCUCUUUCAGCUCCUAUACACCAGCUUGCUCUUACAGCUCAUGUGGUUGGAUGACCCACUCACUCGCAGCAGGCAUUAUACAGAAACAACGUUUCCCGUCCAAAGCUCAGCUUCCGAUCCCUGCCCCAUCAUUCACCUUGUGCUCUCGCUGACAGAGAUGAUAAUGAAGCCUCAGGUUCAUAGAUUCCCCCCUGCAGCGUAACGUUUACCCCAGCCCCCCCCCCUUAACCUGCUACAUUGUCCUGAUAAAUUAGGUGCUUUUUUUAAAAAAAGGAAAAAGUCUUCAUAAUUAAAAAGAAAGGAUGUAACAAACUCAAUCUGCUCUUUUGUAAAUCUAUAAUGUGUGAUCUUUUGAAAUAUGCUUUUUUUUGCUGGAAUGUUUAAUUGCUCUGAUGUUGCAUUGUUUGUUUUAAUUUUUUGAGCUAAUAAAGGCUUUAU